AUGGCUUUGACAACAGAGCUCAAGACGCCAAUCACUGGCCCUUUCCAACAACCCAUCGGCUUGUUCAUCAACAAUGAGUGGGUUGAGAGUAUCGAUAAGAAGACCAUCGAGGUCAUCAAUCCUACGACCGAAGAGGUUAUCUGCUCCGUUGCGGAAGCCACCGAAAAGGAUGUCGAUAUCGCAGUUGCCGCCGCCCGCAAGGCUUUCGAGGGCGAGUGGAGAACGACUACCCCCCAACAGCGCGGCAUUUACAUGUUCAAGCUUACUGAGCUUGUUGAAAAGAACAAGGAGCUGUUGGCUGCUGUCGAGUCGCUUGACAACGGAAAAUCUAUUAGCAUGGCGAGAGGCGACGUUGGUGCCGUCAUUGGCUGCCUGAGAUAUUAUGCUGGCUGGGCCGACAAGAUCGAAGGCAAGACGAUUGACAUCAACCCUGAAACCUUCACAUAUACCAGACACGAGCCGAUUGGUGUCUGCGCGCAGAUCAUUCCCUGGAACUUUCCUCUCCUUAUGCUGGCCUGGAAGAUCGCCCCUGCGCUUGCAACGGGCAAUACAGUUGUUCUCAAGACCGCCGAGCAAACCCCGCUCUCGGGUCUCGUGUUUGCCAACUUGAUCAAGGAGGCAGGUUUCCCUGCUGGUGUUUUGAACAUCAUCUCUGGUCUGGGUAGAGUUGCUGGCGCUGCCCUGUCUUCGCACAUGGAUGUUGAUAAGAUUGCUUUCACCGGUUCCACUCCGGUUGGCCGUACUAUCAUGAAGGCGGCUGCUGCGUCGAACUUGAAGAAGGUGACUCUUGAACUUGGUGGUAAGUCCCCCAAUGUCGUCUUCGACGACGCCGAUAUUGAGCAGGCCAUAUCAUGGGUCAACUUUGGUAUCUACUUCAACCACGGACAAUGCUGCUGUGCUGGUUCGCGCAUCUAUGUGCAAGAAGGCAUCUACGAUAAAUUUGUUGAGGCCUUCAAGAAGCGAGCACAGGCCAACUCCGUGGGUGACCCCUUCGAUGAGAACACCUUCCAGGGUCCUCAAGUAAGCCAGCUCCAAUACGACCGAAUAAUGGGUUACAUCGACGAGGGCAAGAAAGAGGGUGCCAAGCUCGAGACUGGCGGCGGAAGGCACGGUGACAAGGGCUACUUCAUCCAGCCCACCAUCUUCAGCGACGUGACGCACGACAUGAAGAUUAUGCAAGAGGAGAUCUUCGGCCCGGUAUGCACAAUCGCCAAGUUCAGCACGGAAGAGGAAGUCAUCCACUUGGGCAACAACAGCUCGUACGGAUUGGCAGCAGCAGUCCACACCCAGGACCUCAACACGGCCAUCCGGGUUAGCAACGCACUCCGGGCUGGCACGGUUUGGGUGAACUCAUACAAUUUACUCAGUCACCAAAUGCCGUUUGGUGGGUAUAAGGAGUCGGGUAUUGGCCGCGAACUCGGUGAGGCAGCACUGGCGAAUUACACUCAGAACAAGUCGGUAUCGAUACGGCUGGGUGGUGCCGUGUUUUAA